GCGAGCGAGCGAGAGAGAGAGAGAGUGACUGUAAGGCGUUGUUGUCUCUGGUUGCUUUGGGCCCAGGACAACCAGUCGAGAUACCACGUCAACGCUGCUGGCCGGGAACACUCAUCCACGCACCCCAGACACGGAAAACACUGUCACUGUCGGCCACAUCACAUACACGAUGUAUUGCCUGCAAUGCCUGCUGCCGGUGCUCCUCAUACCCAAGCCCACGAAUCCAGCACUAAUGGAGACGCAUGUGAUGUUCAUAGUGCUGUAUCUGGUGGGCUUCUUUCUGGAGCGUAAGCCCUGCACCAUCUGCAGCCUGGUCUUUAUCACCGCCGUUUCGCUGAUCUGCUACAGCGGCGUGGGCAACUGCAUCUUCUGGGGCAACUGUGAGGGGCAUCAGUGUGAGAAUGGCUAGAGUAGAACAACCCAAGUGUUGUCGGAGCAGCAGAGUAGUAGUAGAAGUAGGCAACGAAAUAGAAUUGGUGUGGAAUGCAACAGGAGGAGGAGGACGAAAAAGAGGAGUGCUAAUCAUAAUAAUAAUUAUUAUAACAUGAAUUUACGUUCGCGUUGUUACAGCUUUACAUCCUAACGAAAACGGAAAACGAAACAAAGCGAAAGAAGAUAAUUUUGCACAAAAAUACAAAAACUGAAAAAUCGGUGAUACAUGAGUGAGUGAGUCCGACCAGACGGCGGUGUAGACAAGGAGGAGGAGGAGGAGGAUUAUAGAAUGUUGUUCUGUGUGUUGUAUUUCAUUUAUAAUCAACUGUUGCCCCAACCACCCCCAACCCCUCCCCGAAAGAAACAUCUGUCAUUCUUUAAAUGUUAGUCAUUCUGCAAAAAAUGUGUUUGUGUUUUUUUUAAGGCUUAGACGAAACGAAUUUAAUUUCGAAAUGUUUUUACCAAGAGCGCCACAAACAAAACAAAAAAUCGUAUUGUACAUCACGUAACCAGCCCAAAACCCAUCCCACCCCAUUCCCCCCACUCGUCAAUGCAACUUAAAAUUAGUCAUAAAUACUUUAUAUAUAUAAAUACAUAUAUACACUUAAAGCUAAUUAUACAAAUACAAAACAAAAAGGAUAAUUGUAAAGAUAAAGUACUGUACUGGUCUGAGCCAAAGGAAGCUGCUGCUGACAUCGGUUGUUGUCCGCCACCACCCCCCUUGUUGUCCAUGUCUUGUGUGCACAUUGCAAAUUGUAUAUACCGGAUAUAAUAUCUUACACACUGAUUAUUAUAUAUUUAUAUAUACACAUAACUGAUAAAUAUAUAUGUAUGUAUAUUCUUAACGGACUAAAAAAAUGACAAAUGUUUGUCAUAUAUGAUUUUGAGCCGCGAAUGAGAACAGAAACAGCAAGCAUGUCUAGAAACAUAGAGAAAUAAAAUAUAUAAAUGA